AGAUUUUUUUACAUGUGGAGUUGAACACUGCAAGUCCGGCUAUCCCUAUCCAAAUGUCGUAAUGAACAACUCCGCAAGGCCCACCGGAUUCGAAGCCGCGGGUGGUGCUAGCCUGCCCUUCGGUGGUUUCGGAGCUGCUGCAUCCAGCAGUACUACGACCGGGGUUUUCGGUGUCUGUAGAACAACUGGCUCCGGUGGCGGUAGCGGUAGUACAAGUACUACAACAACUGGUGGAUUUGGAUUUGGCUUUUCUAGUCGUGCUCCAAAUGCUGGGGAUUCCGUUGGAGGUGCGAAUCCAUUAGUUGUGCCUCAUAUUUCUUUACCGUCAUCUACCUUGUCGAGCAACAACAUGAUGGUAGAGAACACAAUCGGUGCCUCAGCUCCUGGAAAAGGAGAUCGCUCAGGGACCGCAGCCACAGGCUUAUUCCUAUCGUCGGAUCCCAAUACCUACUUAUCGGCAGUUCCGAAGAGCAGAUCCUCUGCUCAGUUCAUCCCUUCGCAGGCACCAGCAGCAUCAUACGGAGCAGUGCGAGGAGCAGUUGUUCAGCAGCGCUCCCUUGCUAAUGCAGAUGAUCACCACCUCAAGAGUAACCUGCGGCCGCAACGCGUCAUGGCAACUCGGUCUGGUCGAGGCGCUCCAUAUGGACAGCGUUCGCAGGACGUGAAACAUCAAGUAACUUCUCAUACAGUUCCACCUUCUAAGUUUUUCAAUGAACAACAUGGUAGUAGAAGUACAACUGCCCCAGCUGUUCCUUCUUCUAUUUCCACCUUGAAUGGACAAAAUAGGCAGUCUGCAGUGGAUGUUGAUGAACAAGUCUUAUUGGACCUGCUAUUCACAGUUUACGUUAAGGCUCAGCUUUCAUUGGUCACGCGAACUGGAUAAAACUGGGAUCAUCCCUUCGGCGGUCUUGGGAUACAAAAAAAAAAACUGAAAUCGAAGAGGAGACCCCUGAGAGAACAGGGGAAAACACGGGGAGAGGCAUGGGGCAUUUUUCUUUCAGAAUCAGUGGCCACUGACUGCUGACCUUUAAUUACGGGCAUCGUGAGUUUCGUUCUGGGCAGAAGGAGCUGUUACGUGCUGUGUGCGUCAACCGAUGGGACGCACUGGGUGUCCUGGCUACCGCAACCGGGAAAUCCGCAAUUUUUCAGCUUCCAGCUCUAUUCGAGGCAGCAAGACUUAAGGCUUACCUUCUCAGUGAAAUAAUUUCUAUUUCAUCUUGAGAAGCAUGAUUUUUGUCUUUCAAGAGCUCGCAUAUUCUUUUUUCUUAAAUUAUUCUAGGGGGAACGAAAUAACAGGUCGCAGAAGAUGCAUCCAUUACUUAUUAUAUUUGCAGAUGCAAACUCGAUCAUCUCGGACGGUAACGACGUCUUCUAAAAGAUGCGGUACAGCAAAAGUGGUCAUCUGUAUCAGUCCAUUGAUCAGCCUGAUGCAAGACCAAGUGCGACGCUUGAACGAAAAUGCAGAUCGACUGCGCCACGUCUUCGAUUCGAACACAUUGGAUAGUCCGAUUGCGAUCCACUUACAGAGGAGUGAAGAUGAACAAACAGUUUUGAGCGCGAUCGAUUUGGAAAAUGGUUUUGUGGUUAAGGCUUAUUAAUUACAGUAGUUGCACUGAUUUUGAAGCAUUCUGAAAGACUUUUCAUCUAGUUCCGAAAAGCGGAACAAGAACAAGAAGCCGCUUCUUGAGAUGGAACUCGGUGAGCUCUAAUUUGGGAUAUCGUUACAUCUACAUGUCACCAGAGCGAUUGGCGGGAUCUGGCAAAACGUUUCUUGAAAAAUUGCAUUUACAUCCAUUUCCUAAGCGGAACGUCGGGAGUCCCGGAAUGAAGAAGAACAUGCACGAUAGAGGAGGAGAUCAUGUUGGGAGCUGCGUUCACGAAGAUAGAGAAGGAGACGGCGGCGAGAGUAGAAGUGGCAACAUUUCUCUCAUUGCGAUAGACGAAGCGCACUGUAUUCCGGCGUGGGGCCACGAUUUCAGAACUCCCUACUUGAAAAUCGGAGAGCUCUUGCGUGGUCAGAGCGAAAGUGUCCUGAAGGACAUCCCAAUUUUGGCGCUAACCGCGACCGCGCCCCCAAAGGUUCGGAAGGACAUCCAUACUUUUCUGAAGCUUCGUGAAAAACCUCAAACCUUGGAUUACGUCGGAGACCUCUAUCGAGAAAAUCUAAACUUUGAAGUAGUGAAGAAAGUUGCCAAGAGCCAUCCGAAACUCAAUUAAGGAUUACCAAGUUGAAGUUACAUUCUUCUCCAAUACUAUCCUUGACCUAUGUAUUUACUUGUUGUUGUUCAUAGAAAAAGGGCCAAGGGGGAUAUCGAACUCCUGAGGAAUAUCAUUCUGGAACCUCUAACUCAAGCCAAAAAAGAAGGGCGAGCAGCCUCUACCCCAGUACGCUGUCGAUUUCAAGUUCUUAGUCGAUGAAGUCCGGAGCUGCACCGCCUCCGGAAAGGCGUACGACAAGCCCACUGUGAUCUACGUGCCGAGCCGAGAUUUGUGUGAUGAGAUGCAGGCGUAUUUGGACACCGAGUUGACCAACAACAUUGGCAGUAGAGAUUGGUUAGUAGAUGAAGUACCUUUGCGUGCAACCAGGGAUGGCAAUAAGAACGAGGAUUACUUAAGGUCAACAUUUAGAAGUAAGUAUCCAUCUUUCUCGGCAUCUCGGUAGUACCGUUUCCCUUGUAUUCUGCUCAUGAAAUGCAAGGUAAAAGGGACCCCAGCAAGAAAAGGGGGGCCGAGAUGCAAUCUAGCAGACUCUAAAUUACAAGCUGGAGACUGUUCCAACUAGGCGAAAAGUAAAGCUCCUCCUGAGGAGUCCUGAAGAUGAAAAAGCAAACAACAUGUCCAGGUGUGAAGUCAUCUCGCAAGAAAAAAAAGAAGACAAGAACUCCGUUACUGCGGCAUCCACGGUUGAAAAGGAAUACCUCGACUGUUCGGAUCUGCAGCAUGCGAUUCAAGAGGGAGGCGUGGAAGUGCUCCGUUAUCACGCAUGCGUGAAUGAGCAAGAAAAGGAGCGCGCGCUGCACGCUUUUCAGACCGGCGUGUCGUACAUCUGCGAGGAAGACGAGGACCACGAAGGACGUACGAAUCGCAAGCGGAGGCAAGUAGUGAAGAAGCAGGCGCAAAUAAUAGUAGCGACAAGCGCCUUCGGAAUGGGCGUUGAUAAGAGGGAUAUCCGUCAAGUGUUCCACUGGGGCCCGCCUCGCACUGUCGAAGCGUAUGUGCAGUUAAGGCGAGCAAGAGAGCGUCCUCAGCAUCAUCCUUGGAGCCUUUUUCAACGGGAAAAAGGGCUCAGGGAUGCUCUCAGGGAUGUGACGCGGUAGCUCUAAUGCAGGAGAGUGGCCGUGGGGGAAGAGACGGCAACCCCUGCACCUGCAAAAUCUUCUGGGGCCACGGCGACUUCUACCGCAGGACGCCUGCUCUGCAGGAUUUCUGCAAAAACGAAACGGAAUGUCGACAGCACAUACUUGUCCGAUAUCUGAUCGGAGAGCAAAAUUUCCAACCAAAACAGCUCCAGCAUUGCCAAUGCGACAACUGCGCGACCAGGAACCGGCACAGAAACUCAAAUUGCAACUCCUUACCUCCAAG